AUGAUUUCAAUACGAAAAGCUGUCUUUAUCGUAAACACUUUUCUGCUAUGCGUCUUGUUGGUUUUUAACAUUUAUUUCACAAAUGGAGACAUGACCAUUGUUGAUAUCAAAGAAUUCGAAUACGGUGGUGAUAUAUUUUUUGAGAUUACUCAUCCUCCAGAACUACAGUAUACAUAUCGCAUAAGACCGGCCAAAAGCUUUGGCAUCCCUUUUGACAAGGAAAAGUUUCCAGCCAAAAAAACAAAAUUGGUACUUGUUGACCCUCACCAUGGCUGCGAAAUGCCAAAAAAUGCAAAGCAACUUGAAGGGAAUGUCGCAUUUGUGAAAAGAGGUGUGUGUAGCUUCUUAAAAAAAACUGUGAUAUCAGAAAUAUCUGGAGCAAGAGCUAUCGUUAUCACAGACAACAACAUUUAUGAUGAUACAGCUUAUAUACACAUGAUUGAUGAUGAAAGUGAAAUGUCUGCCAACAUCCCAGCUGGUUUCCUUGUUGGAAAAUCUGGGCAUUUAAUACACACCAAAAUGUCUGAACUCAUGAUGACAGAACUACCCAUUGUGUUUCCAUUAAACAUGACUUAUGUGCCGUUACAUGAAAUCAAGCAACCACCGUGGAUAACAAUUUGA